AUGGCAGUUAGCGAUAAUAGUACCAGUCGUACGCAACGUACUCAAAAUAUAGAAGAAUUAGAGAAGAAGUUGGGCGAUAAUCCAAAAAUUGCUUUAAAGGGGGGAGGAAAGACGAAGUUAAUGGAUUUUGAACAACUGCGCAAGCCCCAUUGCGUAAAGCCUAGUGCAAGACCUCCAGUAGAAAAUACUGCUGGUGGUUUAUUGAGAGCAGGUGGUCACAGGCCUCAGCUAAGUGAUGAAGAGGUUUCUAAAAGACGCUAUGAGAAUUCUGGUGAACAAGAAGAUCAUUAA